AUGGCAGAAUCGCCAUUAUUAACAAACAACAAUAACAACAACAAUAACAAUAACAACAGCAAUAAUAAUAAUAACAAUAAACCUUUACAACAUCAACAUCAAAACUUAGAUCUCAUUCAUCAUUCACAAGAUAUCCCUUUAAUACAAAAUCAACAAAUCAUUGGAAAUAAUAAACUUUCACCAUCAUUAUCAUCAUCAUCAUCUUCUUCAUCUUCUUCAUCUUCUGGAUCCAAUACCUCUUCUACAGCUGCUCAAGCUGUCUCUCAAGCUUCUAUAUUCGACGUCGCCGUGUUUGCCGACGCAAUUAAAAGCAUUUCACCUUACCCUAAAAACAAUCAUAUGAGUGACUCUCAAGGCAAUCCUUCUCUUAACCUUAAUCCCGCAUUCCAACAACAACAGCAGCAGCAACAGCAACAGCAACAGCAACGACAACGACAACGACAACAACAUCAACAACUACAACUCUUACAGCAUCAGCAACAACAACAACAGCAGCAACAACAACAAACAGAUCUUUCAAACGAUGAAGUCAACUGCAUCAUUGCAAAUCUUGCACUUCCAGAUCCUAAUGUUCAAGUAGCUCUCGAUUACUCAAAUCAAAGAUCUAAUGGUGAAGUUCAAGCUUAUGCAAAACUUGCUGGUGCUAAUUGGACUUACUAUGUCCGAACACUUCGUGUAGUCAUUGGUCGUCAAUCUUCAGAUGCUGCAGCUGUAGCAGCCGCAGCCGCUGCAGCCGCUGCUGCUUCUUCCGGAUCUACUAACCCCACACUUUCUCAAGAUAAUGAGGUCCACAUUGAUCUCGGGCCUUCCAAAUUCGUUUCAAGAAGGCAUGCAACUAUACAAUAUAACGGAGAGUUUUGGGAAAUUACAGUUUCUGGACGUAAUGGAGUCAAAAUUGACAAGUUUUGUUGUCGAGAUGGCACUGCUCGUUUAUUUUCUGGCAAUGUACUUGAUAUUGGCGGGGUUCAAAUGAUGUUUGUUUUACCUGACUCAAAGCCCCACGUUGCACCAUGCUUCAAGAAAAACAUUCGCGUAAAUCCUUCUCUCAACACCCCUCCACUCUCAAUUCCUACUUCUCAAUACAAUCCGCUAUACACUACUUACAAUCCACCUGCUGCUGCAAUUUUUUCCUCGGGCUCUGGCCAGCCUCAGGUUUUCCAAAAUCCACAACCAUUCCCUCUUCAAUAUCAAUACCAACAAUACCAAUCAAAUGUAUAUAAUAACGCUGAUAGAUCUGGUGCCUCUACAGAUUCUAAUCUUUCUUCUUUGCAACAGCAAUUAAUACCCAACCAGCAUUUUCAAUACCAGCCUCAGCAACAGCCUCAGCAACAGCAGCAACAGCAGCAACCGCAACAACAACAACAACAACAACAACAAGAUUAUUUGACUCAAAAGUAUCCACAGCAAUAUAUGGCAAACUAUGUACCCCCUCAACAACAAUUACAGCAACAGCAACCACAACAACAACCAUCAAUUGCUCAAAUUCAACCAACCCAAUUACCUUCUGCAAUUGAUCCACCUAAAACAACAAAACAAAAGAAACAACCAAAGCAAAAACAAACAAGAUUCAUCAAUACUGACGGUACAAAUAAAACAGUGACUACAAUACCUGCACAAGACUCAUCUACUAUUUUGUUUCGCACCUCUGUUACAUCAGAUACUAACCAGUCUUCUAUAUCCAGUACGGCUGAUUCUCUUAAGAAUGGGUACUCCAUUCUAUCAAAGUCCCAGAUGAGCGUGUUUGGACCUGGAAUUCAUUUUGAUCAGGAUUUGAGCUCUGAUAAUGCUCGUGACAUUAAACCACCUUUUAGUUAUGCAACUAUGAUUUCUCAAGCAAUUCUUUCAACGCCAGAUCAUAUGAUGUCUCUUGCAGAUAUUUACGAGUGGAUCUCAACAAAGUAUGCGUUUUACCGCUUUUCCAAAACAGGCUGGCAAAACUCGAUUCGCCAUAACUUGUCGCUGAGCAAGGCAUUUGAAAAGGUUCCACGGAAAACAAACGAACCAGGCAAAGGCAUGAAGUGGCAGAUUGUACAGUCGCAUAAGGAAGAGUUUUGCCGCAAGGUUCUUCAGGGUGAUAUUAUCAAGGGAAAGUCAAAUAUGGUUAAUAAAAAAUGGAAAAAGACAGUUUUACCAAGAGCAACUGCGGCAUCUACAGAAACUACGGUUGCAACUGUAACUGCCCCAUUAACAACAGCAAAGUCUGAAACAACAACAUCAACAACAACAUCAACAAAAACAUCAUCAUCAUCAUCAUCAUCAUCAUCAUCAAUAACAACAACAACAACAGCAGCAGCAGCAGCAACUUCUAAGAGUGAGCCAUUAUUACCAUCUUCAUCUUCAUCGUCCUCAACAACAACAACAAUCACAGAUAUGCCAUCUUCAGAACCUCUUGUUGUUGAGCGGCCCCCUGAACCAGCACAACGAUCAGAUACUUUACCUACUAGUAAACCUAUGGAAGCACCCAAAUCAGAAACUGAGCUUAAAAAGGAUCUUGCGACUCCUCGCAAGUUUGCAUCUACUGGGUCGUUUACCUCCCCUAGCAUUGGAUACGACCAGUAUGCAUUGUCUUCGAUGAUCAAUGACAUUACAAUUGCAGGUAGUGCCUUGGCAUCAUUGUCAACACCUUCUCCUACUCACCGAUAUGUUUCUUCAAGUUCUAAGAGCAACAGUGCAACCAAAUCUGCGAGUAUUUCUGGAACUACACCGAUUAAUGGAAGCAAAGGUCCACCACCAUCAUAUGGGGCUACUACUGAUCCGAUGCUUUUUGGGUUUGGAAGUCUAGGGUCUUCUACAAUGGGUGUGAGUCGACCUGAAGCGUAUACACCUGAUCGUGGAGGAAAUAGUGUACAUUCUUCACCAAACAAUACUGAAAUAAGCAAUGCACAUCAUCACAUUCGGUCUAAAUCUGCGGGUGGUGGUGUUGGUGGUGGUGGUGGUAAUGGUAAUGGGUCAACCAAGAGUAUGAGCACUGGUAGCUUUGGGUUUGGGUCUGGGACUCAAGCAUCUCCUGGACGAGUUGGCACCCUAUCAUCAUCAUCUUCUGGAGCACAAUUGUUACAGCAAGCAUUACCAUCUCGGCCUGUAACUUCACCAUUAGUUUCUCGAACAAAGGCUGCAAUUCCAAAGAAGAAAAAGAAGAAGAAUAAGAAUAAGAAUGCGGACGAUGAUGAUUUGACAGAUGCAAGUGAUUCGAGUACUUGUAGUAAUAACAGUACAGCUAGUCAAACAAGUGAAAAGGAAGUUUUGGUAGCUGAAAUGAUAAUGGAGCGACCAGAUUCGAGUUCAUCUGAAAAGUCAAGCAGUACUUUAGGAGCAAACCAAAGUGAGCGUACAGGUAGUUCAUCGUCUGGUAGUAGUAAUAUGGUGGUGGCCGUAUUAGGUACUACUAAAUCUGAGGGUACAAUAAUGAAAUCAUCUUCAUCUUCUUCGACUCAUUUUGACGAGGUUGAGACACCUUCUCUGGCCAAUUCUCCGACUAUGGAAUCUGCCAAAUCUACGGAAAUUAGGUUGACUACAGAAACGCCUCUUGCAGAUAAAACUCCUCGAGAUGCUAGUAAGCAACAGGGAGGUGGUGUUGGGCUUGAUGUUCAUCAAUCACCGACUUCGUCUGCAGUAAUGCUUGGAAGUAUUAUUGCAGCUGUUAACCAAACACCUGCGCCGUUACAAUCGACGAGUUUUGAAUUGACUGGUCCAACAUCAGCACAACAAAAACAAUUACCAUCAUCAUUUUUGACACCUGCAUCUCCUGCUCCGUUUUGGCGAGGAACUCUACAGUAUCCUUCAUCAUCUACAAACACGACACCAUUUCGAGAAAGUGGUGGUAAUAAGAGUGAUGGGAACAAUAAUGGGAGUGGAAAUGGGAAUGGAAAUGGGAGUGGAAAUAGGAAUGGGAGUGGUGGUGGAGAAGAAAGUCCACAGAGUGGAGGAGGACAAAACAGAGGGAUUGGGGAUUUAAAUGAGGGGAGGAAGAAUUUAAUGAUGGCGACUGGAGUAGCACAGAUGAUAAAGUUGGGAUCUCGAGUAUUGGGGACGGGUCAGCAUCAGCAUCAGCAGCAACAACCACAACCACAACCACAACAACGACAACAACAACAACAACAACAACAACAACAACAACAACAACAACAGAAGCAGCAACAGCAACAGCAGCAACAGCAACAACAACAACAACGACAAUCGACUGCAGGAACAGAAGAUACACCUGAACGGUUAAAAAUUAUAAGGCCAUGCAAGGUUAUUGAAACUCCGACUGUUGCUAAGCGAAGCAGUAGUACGAAUGAGGCAGUGAUUGCCAAAAAGACUAUGGUGAUGGGAGUAAAAGUUGGUAGUAGUGUUAAGUUAGGAGAAAAAAAGCAUGAUAAUGAUAAUGAAGAUGAAGAUGAUGAUGAUGAAGAAGAAGAAGGUGAUCAUGGGAAAGAUGAUGCAUAUCAUGAGUCGCCUACAAAGAAGAGUAAUAGUGUUGUUGUUGUUGUUGUUGAGAGUACUAGUACUAGUAGUAGUAGUAUGGGAGGGAAGAAUGUUGUACCUUCUGGAGGGUCUAGUGAAGGAAAUUCAAAUGGAGGAAGUGGAAUUAAUAACAAGCUUGGACGCCGGCCUGCAGGAUCAGAUGAAGAUGAAGAUGGAGAAGAAGGAGAAGGAGAAGGAGAAGGAGAAGGAAAAGAUUCUGGUGUUGUUGAUGUUGUUGGUGGUAGGCUUAGUUUGGAUAGUGGACGGGCUGUAAAGCGAGCAAAAGUUGGUGAAUGA